UGAAGAAUUUUUCUACUUUCAUUUUAAAACAUUUUUAUUUUUGAUGAGUUUGAUCUUAUCCAAACAACUUUCUCUUGAUAUCUUUACAAAAAAACAAUUUUCUAACUAGUGUUUUAAGAACCUUCUUUAAAGUAUACUGAAAUUUAUAGUCCACUAUCAUAUUUAAUAGAAUAUUAUUACAAAUAAUAUUUUAAUCAAUUUUGAAGUGUACUUUUAAGAUAGAUAGGCUUAUUGGAUCCGAGUCUAGCCCAUUUUAACUAAAUUUCUUAUUCGAAAGCCCAGAUGACAUGCUCUGAAUGGGUCUGAGUCAGUCCUACUUGACACAUUCAAAAAAGAUUUGUUUCCCUGAGAUCUGACCCAAACCCCCAAAAGGGACCAUUUAGCCCAAAGAGACAAGGUCCUUCCCUGUUGACCCAAACCCAAAUAUUCUGGCUUUGUGAACUGUAAUCCAUUUAAAUGCUCAGAUUAUGGGCUUUUUACGAGUCUUUGAAAGCCCAUCUAUCCCGCUUGAAACAACUUUCUCUUUUUCCUAUUGGACACCGCAGAAGAAGUUGAUUUCACAUUUUCACCCUAUCAUUUCAAUAAACAGAAAAUCGACUCGGAUUUUCCCCAAUUAUUGUUUCCUUUGAAAUUGUCUUUUUACAAUUUUGCUUGUUUGCUUCAGCUUUAGACAAAGAAAAGCAGAAUUCAAACGAAACAACAGCAAAAAAAAAAAAAAAAAAUGUUUUCAGGUUUAACUACUGGAAGUCAAUUACAGCCUAAAAUUUUGAACUUUCAACGAAGGCAAAUCACUGCAGGCCCAAAUGGAGGAAAACUGCUGGCCUUAAGAGUCUGGUCAUACCCAAAGAAUAAAAUCAGAUGCAACAUUGCACAAUUGAACCAAGUCUUCUCUUGUGAUGAGGAUCAUGAAAAGAAUCAGCCUUUGGUCAAAAUGUGUGGUAUAACAUCAGCUAGAGAUGCUGCUGUUGCAGCAGAAGCUGGUGCCAAUUUUAUUGGGAUGAUCCUUUGGCCCAAGUCCAAACGCUCCAUUUCACUCUCAGUUGCAAAGGAAAUUUCAAAAAUUUCAAGGGAAUUUGGGGCAAAGCCUGUUGGAGUCUUUGUGGAUGAUGAUUUAGACACAAUUUUAAGAGCUUCCGAUGCAUCAGAGCUUGAAUUUGUGCAGCUUCAUGGAGAUGUUUCUCGGUCAGCUUUUCCAAAAUUGGUGCAAGAAAGGAGCAUUAUAUAUGUUCUUCAAGCAAAUCAAGAGGGAGUCCUUCAAAACAAAAUUUCUGAUGAAGACUGUUCCUUAGUGGACUGGAUUCUUGUGGAUAGUGCUACAGGUGGCAGUGGUAAAGGAUUUAAUUGGAAUCAGUUUGAGUUACCUUCAUUUAAAAGCAAACAUGGCUGGCUUUUAGCAGGGGGAAUCAACCCUGAUAAUGUUUGUGAGGCUAUUAGUACUCUCAGACCUCAUGGAGUUGAUGUAAGUAGCGGUAUUUGUGCCCAAGAUGGUAUUCAGAAGGAUCGAUCACGAAUUUUUUCUUUCAUGAGUGCAGUACGUUCUGCACCAUAUUGAUUGAUCCAAAGUGGGGAGAU